UCUCUGUAAGGCGAGGUAUUGUAUCCCUGGAUACUCUCAGAACAGCUGGGGAACUGGACACUUCUGAACAGGACAACUGAGUAUCUGAGCUGUGAUCGCAGCCAAAAAGCGACAUGACGUGCUCGAUCAGGAGAAUGUUGACCAAGAAAGGAAACAUAUAUGAUGGGGUCUUACUGCAAGAUAAGGGCUGCAGCUCCCUGGAUGAAAAUCCGACACUGAUAUUUAAGCUUAUUGCAGAGGGUAAUGUUUGCUAUGUCCGGAACUUCAUACUAAAGAAUCCUGCAAGUCUGGCUACUAGGGAUGAUUCAGAGGCUUCCCCACUUCACCAUGCUGCUAAAUUUGGGAGCUUGGAUUUAAUGCUGAUGAUCGUCAAUGAAUCUACUGAAGAAGGCAUCAAUGCAUUGGAUUCCAGAGGAAAUACACCUCUUCACUGGGCUGCACAGAAAAAUAAAUUAGACUGUCUAAAAGUUCUGUUGUGUAGAGGAGCUGACCCGAACUUACAAAACUACUACAGGCUGUCACCUCUUCAUCUCGCGAUUCAGCUCUUUCAUAACUCCAUUGUUGAGGCUUUGAUCCUGCAUAGUACAACAGACAUUAAUCUUGAAGGAGACCUUGGUAAUACUCCAGUAAUGCAAGCAUGUUACAAGGAUAAUCACGAGGCACUGCUUCUGCUGCUCGGCCGAGGCGCAAAGCUGUGUAAAAAAAACAAGCUGGGGUGUUAUCCAAUACACAUGACUGCAUUUAUGGGAUCACUUAAGUGCAUGGAUAUUGUGUUGAAGAAAGGGGAAGAAAAGGGGUACACUAUUGAUCAUCAUAUCAAUUUCACUAACAAUGAAAAAGCGAGUCCUCUCCAUUUAGCGGUUCAAAAUGGAAACAUUGAAGUUGUGAAAGCCUGUAUUUCAUAUGGAGCCAAGAUCGACCUGCGACAGAGCGACAAUGCAACAGCUCUGCAUUUUGCCGCUACACAAGGUGCUACUGAAAUUGUAAAAUUUAUGGUGUCAUCAUACAGUGGGGAUAAUAAAAUCGUCGAUUUGCCGGAUGGGAAUGAUGAAACCCCGCUUCACAAAUCGGUGUUGUUUGAUCAUGUUGAACUGGCAGAGUAUUUAAUAUCGGUGGGAGCAAACAUUGACAGUGAGGACAAAGAAUCACGCACAUCUCUCCUUUUAGCCACAUCGUGCUCUGCUUGGAAAUCAGUAAAUUUACUUCUUGCAAAAGGUGCAGAUGUAAAAUUAAAAGACAAUUUUGGAAGGAAUUUUUUGCAUCUGAUGGUUCUACAGCCAGGAGGCUUGAAGAACUUGAAUAGUGAAUUUCUGCAGAUGGAAAAUAUUAAACAGCUGGUAAGUGAUGAGGACUCUGAAGGCUGCACCCCUCUCCAUUAUGCAUGCAGACAUGGGGUUCCGAAUUCAGUCAACAACUUGCUUGGUCUGAACGUGUCUCUGUAUUCCAAAAGUAAGGACAAAAGAUCUCCUCUGCACUUUGCAGCAUGCUAUGGGCGUUUCAACACCUGCCAACGACUCUUGAGAUUUAUGUCAGAUGCCAGGCUUCUCAAUGACGGAGAUGAGAAAGGAAUGACACCCCUCCACUUAGCUGCAGAAAACGGGCAUGAAAAGAUUGUUUUUCUUCUUCUUAAAAGAGGUGCUUUACUUCUAAGUGACCAUCGUGGGUGGACAGCUCUGCAUUAUGCUGCAUUGGGCGGCUAUACCCGUACGAUCAACACUCUCCUGGAAACUUCCAUUGGGCUCAUUGACAAAACAGACAAGGAAAAUAACACUGCAAUACAUCUGGCAGGACGAGAGGGACACGCUAAGGCUGUCAGCGUACUUCUGGACAAUGGAGCCUCCAUUAUACUGAAUGCAAAUGGAGCUUCGUUUAUUCAUGAAGCAAUACGAUAUGGGAAAAAAGAUGCUGUACUUGCCUCAAUUCAGACUGAACGAUGGGAAGAGGUCCUGCAAACAUUCUCACAUACUUCCAGUUACAAGUGUGCCAUUCUUGAAAUGAUAUAUUAUCUUCCGGAAACCUUCAAAACUUUAUUAGACAGAUGUAUGACUGAAUCUGCUGGAGACAAGAAAAGUCCUAACUUCUAUAUAGAAUACAACUUCAAAUGUCUUCAGUGUCCACUGAAUUGCAGAAAAGCGCACAAGGGGGAAAAUAAUGUACAUUUUGAACCAUUAACAACUUUAAAUGCCAUGGUGCAACAUCAGCGUAUAGAUCUUUUGUCUCAUCCUGUAUGUAAGGAAUAUUUGCUUAUGAAAUGGAUGGCCUAUGGAUUUAAGGCACAUCUCCUCAACCUUGCAAUAUAUUCCCUUGGUCUUAUUCCUCUCACUCUGCUGAUUAUCAAUACAGUGCGUCCGGAAUCUAUAGGCAUAAUGGAACACUGUGACCGGUUGAAGCGAGCCUAUAUUUUUAACUCGUCCAUGAGGCCAGAAUGUGUAAACAUGUCCAGAAAGCUUGAACCAUUACAGCUAAAGGAUACACAGUACACCCGAGUCUGUAUGAGCCUUGUGCUUUGUAUGAGUGUAUUCGGAAUCAUAAAAGAGGGUGUGCAACUCUGUCAGCAGAAACUUGCCUACAUCUUUGACGGAAGCAACAUUAUAGACUGGUCCAUCUAUAUAUCCAGUAUCAUUUUUGUAUCAUCUCUGUGUUACUCUCCACUUGUGGUGUCACAUUUGCAGUGGCAAUUUGGAGCAAUUGCUGUAUUUGCAUCUUGGGUUAACUUUCUGAUUUAUCUUCAGAGGUUUGAAAGUUAUGGAAUUUACAUUGUGAUGUUUUGGGAGAUUUUGAGAACCCUAUUGCGAAUCGUAUUUCUCUUCUUUUUCCUAAUUCUGGCGUUUGGAUUGAGUUUCCAUAUUUUUCUCUACCCCCAGAUGACCUUCAGCAGACCCUACUUUGCCUUAAUGCAGUCAUUCACUAUGAUGUUGGGAGAUAUUAACUAUCAAGAAGGAUUCCUUAAACCGCUUCUUGAUGACCAAAUACAGUUCCCAUUCUUUACGUUUAUCCACCUUAUUGUGUUUACAUUGUUGAUACCAAUCCUACUUAUGAAUUUGCUUAUUGGUUUGGCUGUCGGGGACAUUGCAGAAGUUCAACGCAAUGCAUGCCUGAAAAGAACUGCCAUGCAGGUAAGCCUUCAUACAAGUUUAGAGAAGAAGCUUCCUUUCUGGUUUUUGAAACGUGUGGAUCAAAUCUAUAUUACCGUGUACCCCAACAGACCAAGAAUCUGGGGAAUUUCUUUCACAUCAAAUCUUUUUUAUUAUUUUUCCUGUUUUGAGGAUUUGAAACAAGAAAUUCCUAGCAAUGACGAAACAAUGGAAUUGGAGCUUUGGAAACAGAAAAACAGGUUGAAGGAUCUCACUACAAUGAUGCAGAAGCAAAAUGACCUAAUUAAGCUGAUCAUUCAGAAAAUGGAGAUUGUCUCAGAGGCUGAAGAUGAAGAUAAUGAUCCCUAUCAAAACAAAAUGAUGAAGAAACAAAAGCUUGAUCGCAAAGAAAGCAAAUGGGACUGCGUUGUGAAAGCUGUAAAAGCCAGAAAUGGCUAGGGAAAACACAAAAGUGGGCAUGUUGCAGAAAAUGAAGUAAAUUACCACUUUAAUGUCUUCUGCUUUUGUUUGGAACUUGUAUAGUUGUUGUAAAUGUGACAUGCUGCUUAUUGCAUGCGGUAGGACUGACUUCUUUUUUUCCAUUAUUUUAGGACACAGUGGGACUCUUUUAUCAACAGCAGGCAACGUUGCCCAUGGGCAGUAACCCACAGCAACCAGUCAGUGAUUGUUUUUGUCAGAUAGCUGCAGGUAGAACAAUUUGAUUUGUUGCCAUGCAUUACUGACCACAGGCAAAUUUGCCCAGUGUUGAUAAAUGAGUCCCAGUUGUCAGGCCCGAAUUUACAAACGGGGCGCCCCUAGGCCAUCUCCGCUCAUCACCCCCCUGUAUGCAUCUCCACUCUCUGUCUGUAUCCCCCUUCCUUUCCUCGUCUCCCUCCCCUACUGCCUCCCCUUCCCCGUCCACCUCCCCCUCCCCAUCAGCGUCUUUCUUCCCUUCCUUUCCCUUCCCCUCCUGUCGGCGUCACCCUCCCCUUCCCGUCCACAUCAUCCUCCCCGUUCGCUUGUGCGUGCACGUAUAUACCCAUGUGCACAUCUUGAAUACUUACUUAAAUGUGGCUGGGCAGCAUGCCACCCUUGAAUUUCUGCCGCCCUAGGCCCAGGCCUUUGUGGCCUUGCCACAAAUCCGGGCCUGUGAGCCCAUUUAAACCUUUGUGUGUGCAGGGAUGGAUUUACAUAGUUGGCGCCCCUAGGCCCACUGGCAUUCAUCGCCCCUGUUCCCUUCCCUUUAUUCGUCCAAAUUUUCAUCAUCUGGA